AUGAAUUACCUGAUUGGUCGCUUCAGACGUGGGCAAACAUCUAAGGUCAAACCCAAUCGAUUGCAAUUUAAAUGCUCUGAAUGCAGUAGCAACGAGUGCAGUGGCAAGAAGCGGUUGGUAUGUCGCUUAUCCUUAUAUUCCUUGUCCUCUUUCGUACCCGAUUCACUCUCCCUGCUAUCCCUACCGAAAAAACAGACCAACAGAAAUGUGAUGCUGAAGCCGCUUGGGGACCUUGGAGGUGUCCUGGUGGAGAGCAAAGAUGUUGGGAACCCAAUGCAACUAGAUACAGAUGCAUUGGUGGAAACUGUACAAGCACGAGUGCAUGCGCCAACCUUCCCGGUUUUCAGUUUAGUGGCUGCCUUUUUUGAGAUGCCUGCAGGAGCAGCAGUCCUUUUCAACUUCUUGGUACGUUCUGGAGCCACAGCUUCAACACAAAGCUGAAUGCGGUGGUAGAAUUCAUUACAAGCAAUUUGUACAUUCUGUGCUAAGAAGAAUGGAUCCCAAUAUGAAGACCUUAUAAGAUCCGAGAAAACUGACCAAUUCACAGAAGAGAAUGGGCGGUAAUUGAUCACUGAUUCUGUCGGUUUAGAAAGAAUUUGGAAAGAACAACCAACAAUGUUAUGAUCACUACCCGUCAACUUGUCACUGAUGUAUGUGGACACAUUCCAACAUCCCAUCGUAAAGAUUAGAUCAAGUGUGUUACCAAGCCGUGUAGGUUCUUUGACGUGCUGUACCCAUCCCAGUCGAUCAAGAGUAGACAUAAAAGGAUUGUGUCUUUGUGGUUUAUUGGCUAGGGACCAUGGGAUUUCGGGCAUAUUAAAAUCCCCAGCGAUUAUUUUGUUAAUGUAUGAGAGGUCAGCAAUAAAAGAAAAUGUGUCCAACAAGUCAUCGAUCACGGUGAGUGUAGACGAUGGGGAUCUG